AAAUGCAAGAGGCACUCUUUUUGUAUUUGUGCAUACGAAUUAGUACCACUUUCGGGAGUUCUUCUGAUCUGCGAAUAUAUGGCGGGCGAGACGCGCAGCUGGGGGAAUUUCCAUAUGUAGUUGUUUUGGGACAUCUUCAUGAAGACAAUAAUUUUGAACUCACAUGCAGCUGUAGCGCCCUAUCACCCACCUGGAGCUUGACGGCCGCUCACUGUAUGGAUUCAAAUGAGGCGAAGGGUGUCAUCGCGUAUGGAGAUAUAAUACCAGGACAAAAAUUUAACGUUUCAAAGGUUCUCAGGGUUUUUCCGCAUCCGGGCUACAAAAGCGCAGGAAACGCCGAGGAGUAUGAAACGGGUAACUGUUACGAUAUUGGCCUUUUGAGGACAAAUAAAAUCAAAAUAGCGCAAUAUGGUUUGCUAAGUGCAGUUGAUCACACGACAAUCACCGGACAUGAAGUGAUCGUAGCUGGGUUCGGUGUUACCAACGGAACAAAAGAUUUCUCCGGUGCCAUCGCCGCAAAUAAGACUUUGCAGGUUUUCAAAGGGAUGAUAAGCAGUUGCCUGGAGGAGGAUUUCCUUUUGUGUUCCCGAUUGUGUGUGUCUCCGACGUGUAAACAACCGUCCUUGAUUUGUGGGGGUGAUUCGGGAGGACCUGUGAUUCACGCGUCUGGCAUAGUGGGUGUAAAUGGUUAUCACAACAUCGAAUGUGAAUAUUUUACGGACGAUCAUUCUUUGGCGCAGGGCUCCUCUGUAGUUCAGGCAGUCAGCCCAGUGAUUGAUUGGCUGACUAAUACUAUAAACAGUCAUUCCUAAUUUUCCACUUACACUAUUACAAAUUACUGUGACUUUUCUCAUACAAAUAGAAGAAUCAUUUUAUUCCAUGAAAAUUAUUGUUGAGUAAAGCUGAGAUGCAAUUUAACCUUCACGCUCAUGUUUUACUAUGUCGAUAAAUCAUCACACGGAUACAUUAAUAGUGCUCGAUAGUGACGGACGGACGCACACAAUGCAUAUAAAAAAGCCAAAGAAAACAUUACAUAUAUCACUCGUACAGGAAUCUCGACAGAGCACAAGGGUUGGGACUUUUUUAUUCUGCAUAUUUGUACCCUUGCGCCUCUUGAUCCGUGGUUUGGGUUUAGCCGGUCGGGAGGCAGUUUUACCGCGGUUAUAACAUAAAUAAUUACUAAGUUCAUAUGACUUCGGAACCUAUAGAAUUAAUUAACACAAAUGUGCAAACAAGAGAAAACGUUUGUAGAUUUUUCUUACUUCUUUGUAAUCAAUUUCUCUCAAAAAUGAAAAAUACCUACCUAGAGGCGAGAGAUGCACGCAUUGUAACUAAAAUAAUAAAAACUAUUAGUAUUUGUUAUGAUUAGAGAAAUUAUUAGUAGUUGAUGUAAAGAGAUAGAUAUCACUGUAUUUGAUUAAGUUUCAAAAGGAUCAGAUUUGUACUAUAACUUUAAGAGAGGAAAAGAAGAGAAGUUAUAAUAAUUCCCUUAUAAAAUCAUCUAUAUUAUAUAUAUAAAACAGUUUAUUUAGGUACGUAUUACAUUCAUGACGUUGUCGAAAACGGGGAGGUCAAAUUAAAAGAUGGGAUGACGAUCUACCAAAAGGAUGGAGAAGGUCUGCCAAGGAUAGAGAGACGUGGAAACAAUUGGGAGAGGCCUAUGUCGACAGACAACCUGACCAAAGCGGUUGAUAAUAAAUUAUUAUUUUCGCUAUGUAUAUUAGAUUUAGGAAUACCACUGUUUAAUAAGAAUAGCAUAUAAGUUAAAAUGGUCAGUGAA